AUGAAGAAAAGACAAUUAAGAAUACUAGAAAGCUCCAUUCACAUAUCUCCUACAUUAUCUAACCAUCCAGAAAAUAUCCAAAGACUUAUAAUAUAUGCAAAAUUCAUGAGAUUAAAAAAAUUCAUAUCAAGAAGAACAUUCAUCCAAACAAAUUAUAAAAACUACAUAAAAGAACGGAUUCAUUCUCCAAUACCAAAUUUAUUAAAAACUUUAAACUUAAUGACAAUGGCUGUCUCAGAAAACCCAGGUCAAAAGGAUAUGGAUUUAUUUUUAGCUAAGAAGAUCUUGGAUAAUUUGAUUGAAUAUCAAAAUUCCAAACAAGGGUUUAUUAAUAAGAAAUUGAAUGCUAAGUUUGUUCCUGAUUUAAUCCAGGGGAGGUUUGAUAAGAAUGUUGUUUUUGAGAGUAUGAGGAAGUAUGAGGAAGUUGUUAAGGGUUUGAAUAGAUCUUUAGGGACGUGUUUGUAA